UCAAUUUGUUUGUUUUUUCUAUCUGAUAUUUGAUAAUGGUUAACUUUUUUUUACAAAUGAGGGCAUAUUUUUUAAAAUCGCUUAUGUAUGUUAUUAGUGUUCGCACGGCUCCGACUACGGAGACAAAUUUAUAAAUGAGUUGGAGAUACUCUAAAGUUAUGUGAUAUUGUUUUGGAUGGAUUUUUGAGAUAUGCAUAUCAAGUUUACCUCUAUCGUUCUUAAAGUUACUUGUUUGAUCUGUAUAUUCAUAUAUAUGCAACUAUUUUAGUAAUGUCUCGAGACCUGGUUCUUAAGUAAUCAAAUCUUUGACCCAAAAAAAAAGUAAUCAAAUCAUGUUUCGAUAUCGUCUUCCAGCGGAUGCAAUGUGACAAAAUUGUGAUUGGUGUCAAUCCAUUCAGUAUUUAUAAAUUCAAGUAAAAUAUACAAAUUUUUAAAUUCUCUCGGAUUAGUAUUUACAAAUCCGGAGAUUUUCCCUCGGAUUUGAGCAUUUGUAUUUUUAACAAAGAAAUCCAUGCAAAUUCAUUCAAAUACAUUAUGAAAUCAAAUCUAUUAGUAAAUCCGUAUGAUUGAAUAACACUUGAUUUGAAUUAGAAUUUAUGAAUCAUUAAACGAAUAACACAUGAUUUCAAUACAUAUUUUAAAAUCACAGAACCAAUAACACUAGAUUUAGUUUGGAUUUUCAAAUCCAUCAAAAUACACCAACCAAUAACCCCCGCUUAAUUUGGUUGCGAGAGCGUCUUCCAACAUAGGUAAGGUAAAUGCUUUUUACACAAAUACCGGUUUUAGUCUUAAUUAACUGCUUGCUGGAAACACUAGUACACAGUACAUACGGAUGGUGAGCCAUCCUCAUCAACUGCAAUUCUCAAAGUAUUUUCAGCACAUUAAAACGGUGUGACUUACUUCAAUAGAGUUCGUCCAAGAGGCCAUGUAUAUCGUUGACUUGUUCGUUGGUGAAUUCAAUUAAACGUUAUCUAUAUGUUAGAGCACGUCCAACGCAUGAUUUAAGGGGGUCCUUAGCCAUAAUCUCUUCCAUUUGCCGAUUAAAAAACUAUUAAAAUAACCCCUAAAGCUAAGGAUUAUUCCUAAGUUAAGGAUUAGUCCGUCCGGGUCCGUAAUGCGCUGGCAGGCUUUGAUUGGCUGAGAGGGCGUUGGUGUUUCGUGUGGGAAGAGAAAGAAAGACGCGUCGUCUUUCACUUUGUCGAGGCAAGAAAAAAAAACCCGAGACUCGACGAAGAGGCGAUAGAGCGGCGAUAGAGAGGCGAGUCACGACCGGCCUUUUGGAAGGUACUGAUAUGGAGGAAGAACUCUGAGAUAUGAAAGCACACAAAGCGUACAUCAGCCAGGUUGAUUUCGUUGCAAAUGCGCAACAGGGCAUUCCCCAACUGUGCCCCUGUGGAUCAAUCAUGAAGAGGACCGUAGAUGAAGUUGAUACAUAUGACUACCUCCCCGGGAAAAGGUUCUUCAUUUGCAAAGACUUCAAGGUUAGUAUUGAUUCUCUAUCUAUGUUGAUUAUGUUACUAAGAUAUUUGUUUGCUGUCUGAUUAGUUUCCCUUUAUUUGUUUGGCAGAAUGACGGUGGAAGAAGAGGUCGAGAGGCUCAAACAACGCGUUCACGAUCAUGACAAGCUUCUGAGAGAGUGUGAAGCACUUAAGGUAUGUUUAUGCUCUCAGUAAAGAUACUUGUUUGUUGUAGAUUUGUAACUCAUUGUUUCUUUCUUUACUUUAAAAUGCAGUCACAGGUUAGAAGGCUGGGAGAGCGGGUGGCUGAUCUUGAGCGACUCCACUGAGGUUAGUAACCAUUCUUCUUUCCCUAACAAAACUAUAGUCGCUUAGUUAGAACUUAUUAGUUUGAUAGAAAUGGAUAGGAGUGCCAGUUAAUGGUUUAGUUUGUAAACUUCAUUGCAUUAACCGACCAUUAAAUUCACCUAACUGCAUUUUGCUAAGUAACUUCAAUAAAUUCCCCUUAGUUGUUGUGAUAAGACAGUUUUCUACUAGUAUUAAAUGUAGAAUCCAUUAUUUAAUCUUCCAAGUUUCUACUAGUGAUUCAUUCACAAGUACAAACAAAUCCUUUUAGAAACUUUUAAAUGGCUAGCUCCUAUAGUUUUGUUAACCUCUUAGCGAGCCAAGGGUCAGUUGAUCUAGAGUCGAACGACUCCCCUGUGUUUAGUACCCAAUCUCCGCAAGAGUCUACUGUGAAAAAAAGGAGAAAGUGGUCUGUGAAGGAGGAUUUAAUCCUCAUUGGGUCUUGGCUCAACACGAGCAAAGACUCAAUUGUCAGUAACGAGCAGAAAGGUGCUGCUUUUUGGAAGAGAAUUGUGAGUAACUACAACUCCAGUCCUCUUCUGCUCGGGACAGUGCCUAGAGAAAUAGGGCAAUGCAAGCAAAGAUGGGCUAGAAUCAAUGAUUUGGUCUGUAAGUUAUGUGGCUGCUACGACAUGGCACUGAGGGAGCAGAGAAGCGGGCAAAAUGAAAACGACGUCAUGAAGGCAGCCUUGGAUAUCUUCAACAGCGACCAGAACAUGAAGUUCACCUUAGAACACGCGUGGAGGGAGCUUAGGCAUGAUGUUAAGUGGUGCUCCACUUAUAUGGAGAAGGACAAGGAUAAGCAGAAGGCUCCUGAAGUGCAUGUGCCAGAGCCAGAAGAUAGACCAGUUGGUGUCAAGGCUGCUAAGGCCGCGGGUAAGAGGCAAAAAACUAGAAAAGAUGAGGAGUUCUCGCAGCUAGAAGGACUUAUGGAGAUGAAAAAGCAAAUCUCAAGGCAAAGUUUGUUGGAGAGGUUGCUUGCAAAGCCGGAGCCCCUCGAUGAGAUGGAAUCAGCUCUCAAAAAUAAACUGUUGUCUGAAUUGUUGUCAUGAGUGAUGGUGGAGUACAAGAGACGAGGUCACGGGUUGUCAAGAGUACAAGAGAAGAGGUCAUGGGUUGUCUACUAGUUUCACGGAUUCAUGUAUGUUUUUCCUUGCGGAUGUGAACCAAGACAAGAGGUUCACGGGUGUUGUCUUUAUAUCUUCAAGUGUUGUCUUUAUAACUUAGUGUCUGUAUGUUUUUCCUUUCAUGUCUAAACUUGAACCAUCUAUGUAUCAAACUACUAUCAUGAAAUGCAGUUCCUCUUCUUCUUGUUGAUCGCAUCAAUUUGUCAAACACAAAAGACCAUAAGUUAACAAGCAUCAAUAUACAACAAGUUGACGCAACCAAGAAGCAACAAGCAAGUUAAUCCCAACCUGAUCGCAUCAAGUUGACGCAACCAAGAAGCAACAAGCAAGUAACAAGCAUCAAUAUACAACAAGUUAAUCCCUUAACUUAAACAUGUUUGAUUAGAAAUUUUUUUUUUAAAGUCCAAAACUCAAACACAAAAGUUUCAUUACUAAUUUAAUUUUUUUAAAGUCUAAACCUUAACUCACCAAGUUUCAUUACUAAUUUUUUUUUUAAAGUUUAAACUUUGACUCACCAAGUUUCAUUACUAUUUUUUUUGUUUUUAAAAGUCUAAACCUUAACUCACCAAGUUUCAUUACUAAUUUUUUAUUUUAAAAGUCUAAACCUUAACUCACCAAGUUUCAUUACUAAUUUUUUUUUUAAAAAGUCUAAACCUUAUCUCACCAAGUUUCAUAACUAAUUUUUUUUCCAAGGAAAGAUAGCCAAUUAUGGCAGAUGAAGUCGAUCGAAGAUUAGACGCGGCUUUGGAUGAGGCUUUCGAUGAAUAUUUUGAAGAUACCUACACCAACAUCGUAAAGAACCAAAAAAGGAAACAUAGGAAACGUGCAUAUGUCGAACGAAACCGAGAAGAGGGUCAUACCCGUCUAUGGAAUGACUACUUCAGUGAUAAUCCAACAUUUCCGCCUCAUUUAUUCAGACGUCGUUUCCGCAUGAACAAACCAGUAUUCAUGCGUCUUGUCAAUUGUCUCUCAGAAACUUUUCCAUUCUUUCAACAUAGAAGAGAUGCUAUCGGAAGAUUAGGUCUAUCUCCACUACAAAAGUGUACGGCAGCACUUCGUAUGCUUGCUUAUGGCUGUGCCGCUGACGCCGUUGACGAAUAUCUCCGACUUGGUGAAACCACAACACUUUCAUGUUUAACCAAUUUCACAGAAGGGGUAAUCCAGUUAUUUGGAGAUGAGUAUCUACGAAGGCCCAAUCCAAAGGAUCUUCAACGACUGCUCGAUAUUGGAGAGAUACGUGGGUUUCCUGGGAUGAUAGGCAGCAUCGACUGUAUGCAUUGGGAAUGGAAAAAUUGUCCAACCGCCUGGAAAGGACAAUACACCCGUGGAUCAGGAAAACCAACAAUUGUCUUGGAGGCUGUAGCUUCACAAGAUCUUUGGAUAUGGCACACUUUUUUUGGUUCUCCAGGUACAUUAAACGAUAUUAACGUCCUCGAUCGAUCUCCUGUUUUUGAUGACAUUUUGGAAGGUAGAGCUCCAAGGGUACAAUACCAGGUCAACGGACACCAUUAUGGUUUGCCUUACUACCUCACAGACGGUAUAUAUCCAAGAUGGUCAACAUUUAUCCAAUCCAUCUCAAACCCUCAAAGUCCAGAAGAACAGUUAUUUGCUAGAGUACAAGAGUCAACCCGAAAAGACGUGGAGCGUGCUUUUGGAGUAUUGCAAGCUCGAUUUGCAAUAGUCAAAAACCCAGCUAUUUUGUGGGACAAGAGACAAAUCGGGAUGGUUAUGCGAACAUGUAUCAUACUGCACAAUAUGAUCGUAGAAAAUGAACGCAAUGGAUAUACUCAGUGUGAUAUAUCAGAGUUUGAAGAAGGCGAAUCGAGUAGAACUUCAGAGGUGGAUAUGUCAUAUGCUCGCAAGCCUUCAAAUCUCCGUGCUAUGCUUGAAAUUCGUAGCCAAGUUCGUGACCAACAUAUACAUGAACAGCUUAAAUUUGAUUUGAUUCAAAAUAUUUGGAACAAAUUUGGUAAUUAUGAAAAUGUUUGAUUGUUGUAUGUUUUUUUUUGUGUUUCAAUAAAAAUAACAUUUUCAAAUUUUCUUGUUUAAAUUUUUUUUUUAAGGAUUCCAAACCGGAUAACACCAUUGGACCAACAUUUAUGAUUAGAGUCCUUAACUAUUAAAAAAAUAUAUAUAUAUAUAUAUUAAAUUAAUGCUAAGGACUCCAAUGGUGGGUAACACCAUUGGAGGUGCUAUUAUGUUGCGUUCAGAAUGGCAACACCAGUAAAUUAUUAAAUUCAUGCCUCUGAAAUUUUAAAACUUCAAAAUGGCAGGUGUUAAUGCGAAUUGUUAAGUAAAUAUGUUAUAAAUAAAUUUAUAACUUUGUAUGUGGUUUAUUGUAUACAAUAUCCCGAGGAAAGUGAUCAGAAGGUAUGACUCAAAGUGAUAGACAUUGAUAGUUAUCUUUUUGUUAACUUACAUAGUGUUUUGAAAAGUAAGCUUUAUAUGUGAAGAUUUGUCAUACAUGCAUACAAGAUUACAUUAAUGAACACUGUUCGUCGUCUUCUUAUCAUUUGUUACUACCAGGUUGUAUUCCAACAUGUAUGGAUAAUUUGUAUAAAAAUGUAACUAAUAUUUUACGUAGCAUUUGUGGUUAAAGAAUAGGGUUCAUGAAUGUUGUAGUGGAAAGCAAACACAGGAGGAGAUCCACCGACAUCACUUACCAAAGUGCGUUGCCGCCGCUUUUCCCAAAAUACCAUUGGACACCCACGUUACACAAAUGUGAUAUGUGUCUCUUAGGUUUAUUAUUUUUAUUUAUUAGAAUAAGUUUGGGCCAUGCAAGUGGCAGUGCAAUUGUGAACUCGUUUUUGUUUUGUUUCCUUUUUCUUUUUGUUUUCAUAUGCUUAAUAAGAAAAAGUUCUAAAAAGAAAGUAGGAUGGUGUUCGAUAACAUUUGACCACUAAGAAUUUGGUACGAUCGGACAAAACAAUAAUUUCUAAACGUUCAAUUAGUUUAUUUGAUCUUUUUGUUUAAAUAGUUUAUUUGAUUAAGCAUGUAAUUCUAGCUAAUCUAACAUAAAAUUCAGUUAUUAGUGAUACUUUAUAUUCUUCUUUUUGUUUUAUGUAAAUUAAUGAUUUGAAGUUUCAAACGUUAUCCUUACCCCUCUUACACUAAACAGAAAUGGUGACAUCGAAUUGUCUAUAAGAAUCUGAGGAGUCUGAUUUCCAAUAAUAUUGGUAGGUGUAAAAUCCAAUCCAUUACUAAAAUGUACAUGAGAUGAAAUUAAUCAUCGAGCACAUGGCCAGAUUAAAUAUUAUGAGAAAAUACAUAUUUUAGAUUAGUCUUAAAACAACUUUUUGAUAAUUUGAAACCAUAAAACAUGUAUAAUAACUCUUUUUGGAGAUCAAAACAAUGCUUUAUACGGUUGUGUUUAAAACCGAUUUUGAGACUAAACAACAUAGUUAAAACUAGAAGAUCGACACGCGGGUGUGAUCAAAUGGUACGAAGAGCUCGGAAAAGUAUUGAACGUCUUGAGUUCAAAAUCUAUCUUCAGAUGACCUAUAUGUGUAGAUAGAUGGCGUAAAUCCCACACAAAUCAACUAUACUUACCUUUCACCGGCGGAUCAUUCCACUAGAGAUUAGAAUAGAUCUCGGCAUGAGACACUCUUGGUU